AGAUGCGCAGCGUAAGUGUUGUUGUGGCGGUGCUGGCUGUGUCCUGGCUGUGUGCUGUUCAAGCUACUCCCUUGAUAGGCGCGUCUGCCAUGUGUGCCCUGGCUGUCCUCAAGGUGGCCAACUUUGUUGGUUUAUCUGACCGCCGCCCCAUAAGAGAUCUCCGGAAGCGAAGUAGCCAACGUCACAGCAAAAGUAGUUCUCGUCGUAUUCGUCCUGGUCGGGCCAUCCAGAGCGCCGCUGACGAGGGUCAGAACUUGUUGCUGUCCACUGUUGGCCAGCUGGACCCCAAUGGUUGUGUUCUGAAGCUGCUGUGUAUACUGGAGGCGAAGGAGGAGGCGUACCGCACCCUGGAGGAGGCCAAGACUCUCACCUCCUACAACGCCGCCUUCGUGUACGCCACAGACGUGGGUGGCAAGACUCGGGACGCCGCCGCCUGCCGCCACCACCACUUCCCCAAGUGCCCGCUCACUGACGACCAGCUGAGCGGCCUCCUCCAGCAGGCCUGGGGCUGUGGCCUUGACUUAUACGACGACCAGCAGGAACCACAAACUGCUGACCAGGACAACACACCUCCUGCUGACCAGGACAACACACCUCUUGCUGGCCAGGACAACACACCUCCUGCUGAUCAGGACAACACACCUCCUGCUGACCAGGACAACACACCUCCUGCUGUUCACCUACAGUAGAACACGAACUCUAACAACCUCGUUACUGUAUAUGUAAUCCAUUUAACAGGUCUUUAAUUAACAUUAUGGUAGAGGAAGGUGGUUAUAUUAUGUGUGUUAAUCGCUGGUGGUAUAAUUACAAUGUCAUUGAUAAUACUUAACUAUUACUGGACAUUUACCUUGCUGAUGUGUGCAUUUAUCUCCAAUGUUCUCAUUUUACGGCAAUAAUCUAUUUUUCGCUCUUAGUAAAUCAAUAGACAUUUGUGUUUAAUUUUUAGCAUUACAUCCAGUGUGUGUGCGCUUGCGCGCGUGUAUGUGUUGCCUCUGAAGAUGUCUUGAAUAAAGUCGAAAGCUAAGGUUC